AUGGUUCUCAACAAGCCCUUGAUAUCUAAAAUUAGUGGUCAAGAUAAUUUAAUCUAUGUGGAUCAAUAUAAUGGCUUGUUUGCCUCUUGUUUUAAUUAUAUAAUAGAUAGAUCCCCUCACCCCCGCCGCCAGUCCUCUUCUUCCUCGGGAUCCACCACGAGCCAACCACCUCUCCACCUCGCUUUCCCCACCGGACCAAUCCAUCCCAGCCAUCCCAAUCCCCACGAAGAUCCUUCUCGCCACCGCCCGCAGCCUCUCCUUGCUACGCGGGCUGCACGAGCACAACAGCCGCUCGGGCACCAGACCCCGCUCCCGCCCGGAUCGAGGCCACCGCCGCUCCUCCCGUGCGCCUUCCGCCACCAUGAGCCGCCGGCGAGCAGCAGCGCCAGGAACCAUGGAGCCCGAAGCCAUGGCCGCGCCUCCCGUCGACCUCCGCCAUGGUUGGCCGCAGCUCCCUCGCCGCCGUUUGCACCAGGCCAGCCGGGAGACGGACGAACCCGUCCUCCCGCGUCCAUCCCCGCGUCCCGCUCGUCCCGGAGCUCCCAUGCUUCGCCAAUUCUGGGGCCGCCGUGUUGCCUCGUCACCGGAGCCCUGCAGGAGCACCAGCUGGCGCCACCAUCAUCGGCGAUGGGCUUCCGCCGGCCGGAUCCGACGCCCUGGAGACCCACGCCCCCGCCGAACCUCCUUCCUCCGCCCCAAGUCCCUCGAUCCACCGUUCGGAGCCCACCUCCUUGCUGUCCCCGGUGCCAUCGCGCAUAUGCUUCCUCUGCUUCAAGGACGACCGCAGCGCCAAGUCCCGCUCGAUCCAGCCGCUCCGUUGACCGCGCCUCUGCCUCCAGAUCACCCGGCCCAGCGCGCCUCCCAAGCCCACUAUGUAGCUGGCCCAGCAACCGACCCAAGCCGCCCUGCCGCCCUCCCUCCUCCUCCGAAUGGGCCGAGGCCCAUGGCGAGGCCAGCUGCGCGCCCUCCUUUUUUCCACUGUUGGGCCAGCCUCUGAUUCGGCCCAUAUAUGUUUUUUUACAGAUCUGCGAUUUUCCUAAUUAUCCAGGGAAUUGUAGUUUUGUAGUUUAGUCCCUAAACUUCAUGCAUAUCCUAACUAAUUAACCGUGCAUCGUAUUAAAACAAACUUUAUAUGAAAAAUGCUUAGAAUUUUGUCUAGUUUCAUAAUUUGCAAAUUUCAUCUAUAUUUAAAAUGUUUAACUUGUUGUUUGCAUUAAUUUGCUCCUAUGCCAUGUUAAAAUACUUUAUUUUCAUAACUAAAUAACUGUAACUUGGUUUCUAAUAAACUUUAUAUGUAAAUGAGGUGGAAAAAUGCCUAGUUUAACAUGGUGCACUCAUCUAGCAUGUUUAACAACUCUAAAAUUAUGUUUAGGGUAGAACAAUACCAACUCUAAAAUUUGCAUGUGGGGGUUUACCGGAAUCGUUGUUUGAUGUUUCCAGCCUCAUUUAAACUUGCCUAGAUAGGUAGUUUUGUUGUGCUUCACCCCUUGCCAUGCUAACCAAUAUUUAAUAUUGUUGAGUACCUAAACGGGAGGGAAGUAAAUAAUUGUUGUGGUGUUUCGUCAAUAUGCAACUCGUUGCAUAUUGAGCUCCACUUAACUUGUUGUUUUGUUUGUGCACCUUGCCAUGCCAUGCAUAUU